ACACUUCUUUAAAUUUAAAUCAACCAUUUAAUGAAUAAAACGACGUAAUUAAUUUGAAAACUAGGCUACCAUUUUUUGCAGUCACAUCUCAUCGUUUUCGGUUUUCUCAUGUCUAGAGAAAUUAACAAAGUAGCAUUGCAGUAAAAAAUCUGACAAUCAAGAAUUCAAUGAAAUUUUCUUGGCGUCUAAAGUUUUACCAUGAACAACCAUCGUUCAAAGACCUCAGCUAGUUCCGAGUCACUGUCUUCGUUGAUCAGUGAAGAAGAUCCACUUUAUAGACAACACUUCGACUUCAAUCAGCGCAAAGAAUGGAUAGAUACUAUUUUGCUGGAAUUGGAAAACAAUCUGAAACUGUUUUUCCAGGUUCAAAUAGGUAUUGCCAAGGUUGAUCAAAUUGAAAAACGCAACCAGUUGAAGGAAGAAAUUUCCCAAACACUAGAUGAUGAGGUAGAUGUUUUGCUAAACAAACUUGAGCAAAUACGAACUGCACUGAAACCGAAAACAUUGAAGUUAUACGGAAAAUACUCGAACAUAUUAAGUGCACUGCAACAGGUGCAGCAAGUUCUUCCUAUCAAGAAAGAAGUUCUUUUGCCUUACACCCGCCAUCGUACAGAAGAUGAAAAACUGCAAUGGAUUACCGGUAUAUUAGCUUAUAAAGCGAAGAUUCAAAAUCUCAAACGUAAGAUUAAAAUUAUGCAAGCGGCAAUUGACGAGACUAAGCUAGAACUGUUUGUUCUAACCGAACGAAGCCCUCGAGAAAUUCAGGACCUCAUCGAUCAAUCGGAACUGGAAUUGGUGGCUCUGAAGCGAUCUGGAGAUCUAGCUUUACAAAACUAUCAAAACGAGAUAUCGAAGCAAAUUUUGAGCCUGGAUCAACACCCGGAGUACCGCGAUCUCGUGGCAGAGCACGAACAAAAACGCCGAAAGAUCACAAAGCUGACCGUUCAGUUGGGACUGUGGAUCAAACAGUACGAUAAGUUUGUCGGGGAACCGAUGAAGGAGUUGAAAGUGCUGCAAGAGGAUGUCGAUCAGUUCCCAGAGUGGAAAGAGGCCAUCUACGAUCCGCAGGAUGAGCGUUACACUAAACUCAAGCUGUCCGUCGAACAGUUCGAGGACGAAAUAGCAGAGGAAAAGGCAGAACAGUUUGCGAAACACCAUGCUGCCAGGGUUAUCCAGCGUGCUUGGCGAAAAUUGAUGGCGAAAAAGAAAGCCAAAAGGAAAGGGAAAAAAGGAAAGGGGAAAGGAAAAAGGAAAUGAAAAUAAUUUCAAACUAGGACUCUCGAUAUAUUCUAAUAUCUCAAUUAGUCAUUCUCAAGCAAAUUCAAUCGAAAGUAAUUUAAAAUUUCAAUACAGAGAUGUCAAUUGACGGCUAUACGACGAAGCUAAGGAGAACCCUGAUGGAAAUAAAUUGAAUGUUUGAUAUGAAGCAACUGGAUAAUUUUGAAUGAAUUUUCAAUUGUUUUCCGCAAUCUUUGCCUUUUAACAAGUUGACUAACAAUCCAUCGUAAUAAAAAUCGGUUUGUGAAAAACUUCGCUAGCCGCAAACACAUUUCUCGGGUCGCAUGCUGGUUACUCAUUUCUGACGGCAUUUAUGGUAAAAUUUUAGUGCAGAAAACGCUAGCUUUUUCAACAAACCUUUGUGAAAAACCCGAUCUUUGUUCACAAUAGACUUAAGCUUGAAAUUAUGAAUCAUGGAUUCAACUUUUAUUCGAAGCAAAUGUAAAGAAGAAUCGGAAAUGUAACAAAAGGUUCAUCCAUAAGACAUAAUCCAACACAAAAAAAGUCAAAACGAAAUGAAACAUAUUGCUGACCUUCCUAGAAUGUCAACCUUUCUCGGCACCAGAAUUGAAUUUAAAUCGCCUCCAACUCAUCCCCAGGUACUGGAUCCUCAGUUCCCAGUAAUCGAUGUAGGUAUAUGAUUGAUCAACUAACCUGGAACUUCUUGAUGCUAUCCAGCUGAUCGGGUGUCGGUUCCACGACCUGGCCAAUGUGCUGCUGCUGCUGUUGCAGGGGGUGUUGCUGUUGAGGUGUACCCGGUACAACCUUCCGAUCUGGCACUUGUGGCGCUGGCACCGGAGCGCGGUUCGUAAGCCGACCAUCCUUCUCUAUCCGCAGGUGAUCGCGUGGAGGUGGGAUCGGUUUCACUGAACCAUUCAGCUGUUGAUGUGUGCAUGUGCGUGAAUGAGAUCACAGGUAGAAAAGAGAAAAAGAAUAUGCAUAUACCGAUAUUUAGUGAUGAAACAAAAACUUUUAUUCACAGGUAAUACCGAAUGUUUCAUUCAGUUGAAGUGCUGUUUUUUUUUUGUUAUAGCCUACGGAUAUGUAUAAUAGAGGGGGCACUAAAGGGAUUAUCCAGCUAGCAAGUCUAAACUACGUCAAGGGAGUUCUAUUGUACUGUGGUGCGCUACAAUUUGGGGGAAAGAAAGACUUGAAUGGGAUGGGUAUUGAAAAGAUUAUCCCGGUCGAUGUAUGUAGAGAGAAGUGCUAAAGUUGAAGUGAAGAAUCUACUUGGUUUCACACAUCCUCCUCUUAGGAAGGCAGACAGCAUCUCUGGAAAGAUUUUGACGGGUUUAAAUAUUGAUGAAGUCGACUCCGUAAACAUCACACC